UCUCUCCCGCUCUUUCUCCAACCCUCUCGGCCCCACUAAAAUUAAGGGAAAAAAAAGAAGCAGAACCCACCACCUCUCAGAACCUGCAACUUCUCACUUUUGCAGGUCGCAGCUCCUCGUGCCCGUCCCACCAAAACAUCCACUUUAAGCUAACCUCACCUCCCCAGACCCACUAAAGGAAUAACAAAGGAAAGCAGAGAUUCAUUUUCAUCUCCCCCUCUCUGUUUCGCUUUUGAUUUCUAUCUUUCAUUGAGAGUCUUCUUCUUUUCUCUCCCGUUCCACCAUUAAUGUGGCCACCAUGGAUAAAAUCACCAGGUCGAAACCACACCUCAUCGAAUUUCUCAUGCUCUUCAUUCAAAGACAUUCAAAAACUGGUCAAUGGAGAGAUGGAACAGAUUUCCCCUAAGAAACCCCACAUCUUCCACCGUGUUCGCAUCGCCAACACACUGCACCGCACCUGGUCCUGUCCUGUUCUGCCUGAAUGUCACCCUCCACUACCUCCUCAAAAGACCACUACUUCGCCUUCUCCAUCGCCAUCGCCAUCGCCACCGCCUCAAUCAGAUCCAAGAACGACACGCUCAAUCUCUUUCCCAGGCGCCGAGAAGCGCAUAGUCGUAUACUACACCAGCCUCCGCGUCGUUCGCAAGACCUUCGAGGAUUGCAGAACCGUCCGAUCCAUCUUGAGAGGGUUCAGAGUCUCCACAGACGAGAGGGAUCUAUCGAUGGACGCAGGGUUCUUGGAAGAGUUGCAGACAAUCUUAGGUAGUAAGGAGCUGAUGCUACCUAGGGUUUUCAUAGGCGGAAGGUACCUCGGUGGAGCAGAAGAGAUCCGACAGCUCAACGAAACAGGAGAGCUGAAGAGGUUCGUGGAAGUUUUUCCGGCGGCGGAGGUUGGUGUUUGUGAGGAAUGCGGUGGGUAUCGGUUCGUGUUAUGCGAGCAGUGCAACGGUAGCCGUAAGUGUUACAUAGAGAAGGGUGGUGGGUUCAGGAGUUGCUCGGCUUGCAACGAGAAUGGUCUCAUCAGGUGCCCUUCCUGUUCUUCUUCUCCAUUUUGUUCUUCUCCUGUGGCCUCUUUUGAUCUACCCAAUCUCAGAAACACAAAUUAG